AUGAGUUAUUUGCACCGUAAAUACAAUUUCAAGGAGGAGAUUACAACUCUUGAUAAGGAGAAGAAUCCUGGUUAUAUUUCAAGUGAAAUAACAGAGUUCUCCGAUUAUACAAAGGAGGCACUUGCAUUAUUUAAACAGAAAUUAAGCAGUUAUAUAGAAGCUGUGGACAAGAAUUUAGCCAGUGCAGCUGAAGAUUCCGUUCAUUUUGAUUUCAGUGAAAAACCGACAUCCAUGGAUUCUUUUCGAAAAUAG